CUGAGUGAAUCGGGGAGGUGUUGAGAGCUGGCGCUGUGAUGGGGGCGAGAGCGGAGGAGUUUGGGUGUGUGGUGGAGAUGCCCUCCGGCUCGUUGGAGCAAAGUUCGAGUGCUAGUGUUGAGAAGGUAAAUAAAGACAGUCUGCCUGUGGUGAUACUGCUUGGGUGGGCUGGCUGCAAAGAUCAGUAUCUGAGGAAGUACAGCACCAUCUACCUUAAGAAGGGGUGUAUAGUGAUCCGCUACACGGCUCCCUGGAGGUUGGUGUUCUUUUCAGAAUCCAUGGGUGUAAGAUCUCUGCAGAACUUGGCUAAUAAGUUAUUGAAGCUUCUCUUUGACUACAAAAUAGAGACAAAGCCCUUGUUCUUUCAUGUCUUCAGUAAUGGUGGUAUUAUGCUAUACCGUUACAUUGUGGAGCUUCUCCACACUCAACAGCAGUUCCAGCAUCUGAGAGUGGUGGGUGCCGUGUUUGACAGUGCUCCUGGCAGGAAGAACCUGAGGGGUGGUCUCCGUGCUCUUUCAGUAGUCUUAGGAUCAAGCAAUGUGUAUAUUAAGUACUUCCUCCUCCUGACAUUUGCAGUCUUGGUGGUGACAUUGCGGAUCUUGUUAUAUCCAUUGACCCGGUUUAUACAUGAGAGCCACUAUGAUGCCAUGUUGAAACAACCCUCUUCCUGGCCUGAGCUCUACUUGUACUCCAAGGCUGAUGAUGUUAUCCUUGCCAGUGAUGUGGAGACCAUGAUAGAGGCCCGGCGGCAGCGUCGAAUCCCUGUAAAGGCUGUGGACUUUGUGAACUCUGUUCAUGUCAGUCACUUUCGGGCACACCCCACCUUGUAUGUGGCUCAUUGCACCUCCUUUAUGUACAGUUGCUUAGAUUCACUAAAGUAACAAAUGUGAAGAAAUGUUGAGCAUAUGCUACCUCUAAUUUCCAUCAAUAUGGUUCUGAAUAAAAUUCUGGCCCUGCAUUCA